GCCUAUGGGGGCUCUGGGCGCUGUCACGUGCCGCAGCCCCGCUCGCCGCUGCGGAGCCGGAGGAGCUGGCCGGGGGCACGGGGCCGGGGGCUGCGCCGGGGCCGGCGGCGAGCGGGUACAGGAAUGUAGACAAGGUGCUGGUUAUAGGAGAAACCUAAGAAAAAAUUCCGAGUAUGUCAUUUGUUCUGCUGUUACUGAGAGGUGAAUUGCAGAAAGUGACUCCCAGAGCAUCUUUGGCUGUAUGAACUCUUGAGCUGUCAAGGGACUGAGAGGCUUAUGAAGAGGUUCUGUCAGGCAAAACAGUGCCUAGCAAAGACACCGAGGAGCAGAGAAAAGGAGAAAGGGAGGGGGAGAGAGCUGAAACACUAACAAACCAUGAGAUCUAUCCGAUCUUUUGCUAAUGAUGACCGCCAUGUUAUGGUGAAACAUUCAACCAUUUAUCCAUCUCCAGAGGAACUUGAAGCUGUCCAGAACAUGGUAUCAACAGUAGAAUGUGCCCUUAAGCAUGUCUCUGACUGGAUGGAUGAAAAGAACAAGUCUACAAAAAGUGAGGCUGAUGUGGAAGUGAAGGAGGAAGCUGCAGAGAGCAACGCCAAGGAUCAAGGUGGUCGGACCUUGUGUGGUGUUAUGAGAAUUGGCUUGGUUGCAAAGGGCUUGCUGAUAAAAGAUGAUAUGGAUUUGGAACUGGUUCUCAUGUGCAAAGAAAAGCCCACAAAGACCUUGUUAUAUAUAGUGAAAGACAAUCUCCCAGUUCAAAUUCAGAAACUUACAGAAGAGAAGUAUCUUGUGGAGGAACAUGUAAAUGAGGCAGCUAUUAUUAUUCAUAACACAAAGGAGCCCAAGCUAACAUUGAAGGUGAUACUUACAUCUCCUCUCAUUCGAGAUGAAGCAGAGAAGAAGGAAGGAGUAGAUAAUGUUGCGAUGAAAGAUCCUCCGGACUUAUUGGACAGGCAGAAAUGCCUGGAGGCCUUGGCGUCUCUGCGGCACGCCAAAUGGUUUCAGGCCAGGGCAAAUGGACUAAAAUCAUGUGUAAUUGUCCUUCGUAUUCUACGGGAUUUGUGCAACAGAGUCCCCACAUGGGCACCGCUCAAAGGAUGGCCACUCGAGCUUAUAUGUGAAAAAUCUAUAGGUACUUGUAAUAGACCUUUGGGUGCUGGGGAAGCAUUGCGACGAGUGAUGGAGUGUUUGGCAUCUGGAAUUCUGCUUCCUGGAGGCCCUGGUCUGCAUGAUCCCUGUGAACGAGAGCCAACAGAUGCUUUGUGUUAUAUGACAGUUCAGCAAAAAGAAGCCAUUACACACAGUGCUCAGCAUGCACUCAGAUUAUCAGCCUUUGGUCAGAUCUAUAAGGUUUUGGAAAUGGAUCCCCUCCCAUCAAAUAAGUCAUUUCAGAAAUAUUCCUGGUCAGUAACUGAUAAAGAAGGUACAGGCUCGUCUGCUCUCAAAAGACCAUUUGAAGAUGGUGUUGGGGAUGAUAAAGAUCCAAAUAAAAAGAUGAAGCGUAAUUUGAGGAAAAUACUAGAUAGUAAAGCAAUAGAUCUCAUGAACGCUCUGAUGAGGCUGAACCAAAUCAGACCAGGGCUUCAGUAUAAGCUGCUGUCACAGUCUGGUCCAGUCCACGCCCCAGUCUUCACAAUGUCCGUAGAUGUUGAUGGUACGACAUAUGAAGCAUCAGGACCUUCUAAGAAAACAGCCAAGCUCCAUGUGGCAGUGAAGGUUUUGCAAGCAAUGGGGUAUCCAACUGGUUUUGAUGCAGAUGUCGAAUGUAUGAGUUCUGAUGAAAAAUCAGAUACUGAAGGCAAAAAUGAAACAGUGUCUUCAAUCUCAAGCAAUAAUACUGGAAAUUCCACAGCUGACACCUCCACUACCCUAGAGGUAAGAACUCAGGGCCCUAUACUCACUGCAAGUGGCAAAAACCCAGUGAUGGAGCUCAAUGAAAAAAGAAGAGGUCUGAAGUAUGAGCUCAUCUCUGAGACAGGUGGAAGCCAUGACAAGCGCUUUGUGAUGGAGGUAGAAGUAGAUGGGCAGAAGUUCAGAGGUGCAGGCCCAAAUAAGAAAGUAGCAAAAGCAAGUGCUGCAUUAGCAGCACUCGAGAAACUGUUUUCUGGGCCUAAUGCAGCAAACAACAAGAAAAAGAAGAUUCUUCCUCAGACUAAAGGGGCUGUCAAUACAGCUGUUUCUGCCGCAGUUCAGGCUGCUCGAGGCAGAGGACGAGGUGCUCUAACACGAGGGGCAUUUGUUGGGGCAGCUGCUGCUACUGGCUACAUAACACCAGGCUAUGGAGCACCAUAUGGGUACAGUACAGCUGCACCAGCUUACGCCAUAUGCACUUGUAUAAAAUAAGCAGAAAUGUAGUGACUGUAAGCUGAGAUCGUGAUGUAACAGGUAAGAGAUUUUAUUUUCAGCUUAAAGAAUUUGUAUUGCUUUUUCUAAAAAGUCACAUAUACCUGUGACAAUCUUAUAUACGGCACAUUUUUAUUAUGUCUUGUUUAACUCUGAAUGUUUAAAAAAAAUACAUCAGUCUGAAUUCCAACUUUGUAUUUUUUUAAAGGCCACUUCAAAUGUUCCAGUUAAAAAAGAAAAAAAUUAUUUAACACUUCUAAGAAAUUGUUUCAUUUUUAUCAAUAGAUGGUUCUACUUCAAAUAUUUUCUCUUGUGUAGCCUAAAAAGCUGUAUUGAUACUGCUAUGUGUUAGGCACUGCAUUCCUUGUAUACCUGUGGAAAACAUCUGGGUAGGUACCACAGCCACACCACGGUUAUAGCUAUAUGGAAUAAAACUGUGAAGUUGAAUGUGUGAUAUUAUCUAAUUAAUAAGAGAUAAAUUAUUUCCUUAAACUAUUAAAGCUAAACUCCAAAUCAAAAGGGAAAGGCUUUGAUGAUAUUACAGUUAAAAUCUGCAGAGAUCAAAUUACAUUAGGCCAAAUUAAUUCAUGAAGCAGCCAGGUUUGCUUUCCUCUUGUGGGUGCAGUGGGAGGAGGGGAAGGCAGGCAGGCAGUGAUUUAACUCUGCAUGAAUAAAUUGCUUAGCUGUAGUUUUCUAAAGCUAGAAAUUAGGAUAGAGCCAUCCAUAAAUAAUUACUUUUAGUUCUGUAAUAAAUGUUUUUACAAAUAUUUUAUUUGGAUUAGAAUGGUUUUGGAUUACAGCCUAUGUGGUGCACGUAGUAUGUGUAGACUUAAAACCUUAAUUUUUUUUUUUUAAUUUGCCUUUAUAUAACCUCACAUUACACAAAGUUACAUAUAACAGUACUGUACAACUGCAGUACUUGUAGUAUUUGAAGUUGCUGGGAACAACUUUUUAUAUAAAAAUUAAAGAAAAUAAAAAGUAGAUCUUGUAUUUGCAUUUUAGUCUCUCAAUUCAGAGGUAAAAGCAUAAAAAAUCCUGACUGACCACAGUUUAUACUGAUGUAAAACAGGAAAAUGCUUAGUAUGUAAUAUGUAGUGGUAAACCAGGCCCAAAGCUUGUUGUUUUGCAUCAAAAUGUAACAGCAAAAAUAAGCUGUUUCAAUACGGAAAACAUGAGUUUCAGUAAGUAACCGCAUGUGAAGGUUAUCCAUAACUCAGGAUAUGUCUGGAUAGAAUUCACAGGCUGAUAUAGAAAAAUAGCUGUUAGAUAUUGUUAGCUUUGCUAAUAUAGGUGGAAACCUGAUCUGGCAAGUAGCCUCUAUGUUUGCACCUGGGGGAAUAAACUUAAGGAACUUUACCAGUGACUUGCCUAUUAAAGCACAUAAGCACCUGAUUACAUUUGCAGGUGCAACUGAUGAGCCAUCAGCAUGCCCUUCCCCUUUGGGGGCACAGAUUUUCAUCUGCGGUUGUCUUCAAGGUGCAAACUGAGGGCUCAGUCUGAAGCUCACUUAAAAUUCAUUCUUUCUGCCUGUCAGGCUGAGCAAUCCUCUGAUAGUGGAGCAGCAGGCUGCUCUGUUUCCUUUGGAAGACGUUAUUUUAUACACUUCAAGGUAAUGUUAAGAUGCAUUAUAAUGAACUCCUCUUGAGUAUUCCCAGGCUUAAGUGAUGACAGCCUGAUGAGUACUGUCUGGUUAAAGGACUGAUUAAUAAAAUGUCUUGCUAACUCUUAUCUGAUGUCCUUCUUUUUGUGGCCUUUACUUGGCACCUUAAUCCAUUUGUAUUGGUUUCCACCAGAACUUCCAUAUUUUUCUGUCGUUAGCUUUUUAACUCCUAUCCUAAACAUUCUGCCCUUCUGCUCUUUUGAAAUUCUCAGUUUCUUGGAUCAUCUCCUUCUUUUCACUGGAAAGACAUCCAGUCUCUCUAAUGCAUUUUUGGUCACAAUGCAAGUACUUAUGCCUAAAGUUGUCCCUCUUGGCUUUGCUCCCCUCCCCAGUAGGAUGGAUACCUUUUGCUGACGUGGGAUCAGUUCCUAAUGUGAAAUAUAUAGUGUACUUAAGACUCCUAAAUCCUGUUCUCCGAAGCAACUUGGAAUCAGUAAUAAGCUCCUAAGGUGGUAAGGUUGCCUAGGAACCUGUGUCUCACUGACAGAGUGACUUAAGCAGAACAUUCGCAUGUGCUGAUGUGUCACUGAUGCAGGCCUCUUAAGUGCCUAAUACAUUGAUACUUGGGACAACAGUUGGAGAGGGCAUUCCAACAGUAGUUUUUAAUCUAACUGAAAUACCAGUCUAUUGUUUGGUAAGUAAUUUGGGUAACAUCUGCCUCAUCUGAUGUUGCAACAAGUACUGUUUUGCUAAGGCAGAAUUAGGAACUGCUUUCUUUUGCAUUAUACUUGCAAGAUUUCUUUUAAAAGCCAUCUCACAGGAGAAUGGUCCAAAGUGCCUUUUCUGUGAGGUUAGAGGUCUGCAAUUUUACUGCUGCUGAGCUCUAGAUUUACCUUGAUAGUCCAAUACGCAAACCUGGUUCUAUGUUCUUUAUGUAGCUGCUAAGAUCUUUGCCUAUUUUGUAGUACUUUUUCAGUGAAGCAGAAAUGUUACUUUAUAGUUUGAAUUUCUGGCUCAAUUCUGAAAAAGUUCCUUUCAAUUAGUACAUAUAAAUAGGAUGUUGGGUAAAGUCUGUGUCAAUUCACUUCCCACCUUAACUCUGUAGUUUUAGCUAAGCAGAUGCUAGUGUGUAUUUUGAGAGAUCGUGUCUGGCACAAAAGGAUUAAAAGAAACCAGCACUCUCCAGUAAAGAACUGACCUGUUUAAUAUAUUAUCCGGACUGGAGAUGAAUGGCAUUAUUAUUAACUUUGGAAGGACAGAUGUGAAAUUGAGUGAUCUGCUUGAUUGACAGCAAGGGAAGAGAUGCUAUCUACAGAACUAAGAUUAAAAUAUAGACUGUUCUAUAUAUAAUAAUAUCAUACUAUUUAUCUCUUGCUGCUCUUGCAUCUACAGCAAUAAUCAUGCAGGUACUUGCCUUCCCUUGCUACCAGUUUGGGCUUCAUGGGACCAUGUGAGUGAGAAAUGACAAACCAGCCCAUUCUGUUGUCCAGCUAGUGUUUGAACUGCCCACACAGGACAGCAAGUCUCUCUGGCUCGUUUCCCUUCAGGGAAUUUAAUCCCAGUUGACUUCUUGUGCAGCUGCAGUACUGUUUUAAGAGCAGUGAGGAUGUGACCUUGCUGUGAGGUCAUACAUUCUAGAAGCAGUGUUUUCCUUAAUAUUUCAAAAUAGGUGAAAGAUAAAGAGAAGCUUUUUAAAAAAAUCUAUCAGCACCUGACUUUAAGAAACAGCUGGUACAUCAGCCACAUGAUACAAAUCAGGUGUUGGCACCUCUGCCUCACCAGCUGCGAUGGUGAACUGAAGUUCUAAACAGCAGUCUCCCAAGUACUGUACACUGCUAAUCAUACCUCAGGCGUUUUCCUUCCUGAUGGGUGAGCCUCGGCUGGAAUGCUUGUCACUUCCGAGAUCUGAAGCUGUGAAUUUCAAAGUAAGUUACUUGAUGAGGUAACUAAAGUCUUGCUUCUCCAGCCAUGAGAGAUUUCUUAAGGCACAUCCUAUCUAGUUUUAAGGGAACGGGGUUGGUUUGGAAGGACAGUGCUGUCUUGUGCUAAAGUUGUUUUAACUGUGAUACAAGUAACAUAUAAAAAUCUUCCCAAACCUUUUGAGAUUUAAUUCCAUCACCAUUUGCUACUUGAAUGCUUGUGCUGCAGCACAAGAGUGAGUGACUGUGAAAGGGCUUGGCUAGCAAAAAGCAUGGUAAAUGAUGCUUUUUGCCAUUGUGUCCUCUCUCUGCCAAUGCUUGCUGCUGUAUUCCUUAAACACGCAUUCAGGAGUUGGAAUAUGGUGACCUUAUUCCUGGGCGUUGUGCCACCCGGAUGGAGGGAGGCCAGCCUGUACCCAUGAAGUGAAUGUGUAACAUGCAGCCUCUGUUGCCCAAGCAAUUUCUGUUGGAAACAGUGCACAAUCCAACCCUCACAAAGGCAAUUUAGUUCCUGGGUAGGUGGUUCCUAAUCUGUCUAAUUUGCUGUCAUGCAGCCAAUAUGAGUUAAUUAGAUGAUUCAGCAAUUGUCAUGGCUCCCACUUAAUGUGCUGUAAGCCCUGCUGACAGGACUUUUACUGGAGUUAAAUGCCUUUGCCUCUGUAAAUGUCUCCCCUCACCCCUUUAUCUUUUUUUGAUCUCCCUCUAGCUUCCCAGUAAAUAACUGAUUCUCUCAAAAUAAAGUACUUCUACAACAUACAGAUGUUUCUGGUAUGAGAUUCUCAGUACUUGUAAUCAGUCUUUGAAGAGCUUCAGGCAAACAAAAAGUUUUCCUACAAAUCUUAAAACUUAAUGCACCAAAGGACAAUUAUUUCCAGUCAGUUACAAAUAUCUGUGACAACUAUCUUGGUAUCUCUGCUCACUGGAGAGAGGGCUAGGAUUCUUUAUAACACUUGCCUUCUGGCAGGAAAAAGAUCCAAGAAGUGUCUUAAUAAAAGAUUAUUCCCUCUAGCCACUGAAAGAGCUUAAUUGGAUAAAGGUGCACAGCUCUAAAAUUAUGUGAGGGUUAUGUCUUUCAUUGACUAUUGAGAAAAUUUCCCUGACCACAACUUCCUUGCAUUAUGAGAAAGUAGAAAAUGAAGGAGUAGCAGCAUGAAGAUUUUUCAGUUGGUCUAGGAAACAAUCUCUCAUUUGGCUGUUCAACUAUGGUACAUCAAUUUCUUGGCCCUUCUUCUAGAGUUGCUGGCAUUUAUUGCUAUCCUGGAGCUAACGUACCAUCCCUGGCCCAGUCCAGCAAUGUCCUCAAAGAGCAAGUCUGGCACUCACUAUUUUCAGUCACUGGUCCCCUGAAAGGAACAGUCUAAGAGCAUAUGGUGCCUUGAUUCCAUUUGUGACUCUCCAUGUACCCUUCUGAGAGCCUGUUGAUCGUCACAGGCUAGAGGUCAGCUUCCUGAACACCUCUCCAGAACUGUGUAAAUGAACAGCAAGCAGACAGUAUUAGUAUUUCAGUGUUUAAUCAGACAUAAUUGCAAGUUUCCCUCUACCUCCUUCGCUCAUUAGGUUAAGAUACAAUCAUUCUGUAUCAGAACUUGUUACCUUUAGCUAAGUUCUCUUAAAAAGCUGCCUGUUACUUAAUCAAGGGAAAAAUACGCCCCCCCCCCCCCCCCCAGCUUCAGAUGAGUUCCGGCUCCUACUUCCUGAGGCUCUGGGAAACAGCACAAGAACUCUGUCAUGACAGAUUGUCUUAGAUACAUGAUGAAAUAUGUAAAUAUGAAGUUCAGAUUGCUGUUCUCAAUCCGGAAGCAGAUUGGGCCCUCUCCUCUCUGUCAUCAAAAGAAUGAAAAAGAAUUCUGCUGGACUCAUGGAGGAGUUCUACUAAGUGCAGUUGUACCAUCUUAAAAAAAAUCAUAACUCAGCUUGAAUGUUCAGAGGACAUGGGCCCUCUCUAAACUUCCUGUUGAAUAAAUCUCUUGAAAAAUAAGAUACUUUAUUGACUUGUUUAAAACAAAACAAUAGGAUGCUUUAGUCCUUCCUUAGCUUAAUUUGUCUCAUCUAAAGCCAUAUCUAUUAAUGUGCAGAUUCUUUAGUGCCCCUGAAAUAUCAGUCUUUUUUCUUCCUGCUCAUAGGAACAGGAGUGAUUCAGCACUUCAUUGGGUUGUUUGUAACUUAUGUUUAAGAUAAUAUGAAACAUGAAAAUGACAAGUAUGCCUAUUCCUUUGGUCUUGGGGGUCUUCUAGAAGAGGGGGCACCCAUUCUGCUAGGCCUGUCUGGUAAUGUGUAGGAAAUGUACUGUCCUGCUAAAAUUAGCUGUUAGUUUUUUAAGAGGCCAGGUUAUCUCAGCAUAAGGUUUAAAUUCAGUAAAGUGAUCUUUUUUUUCCCAACUCCUGUGGCUAUGUGCCCAUUCAGACCAAAUAUUUACCUUAAUGUUUAACAGGAGUUGGAUGAUUGUGAUACAAGAAUAUCUGCAGUUCUAAGUUUAAUUUCUUAUUUUGCAUACUGUUUUAGCUUGUAUUUGGUGCCUUAACUCUGCACAGUCUAAUGUCAUAUAUACUGUACCAUAGAAAGCUUAACGGUUAAGUGUACUUUAAAAGAAGUCAUCAAGCUAGUCUACAGAAACUGUAGCAAAGACUGAAGCCUUCCAGUGAGGGAAGCUCUCUUCCAUGUUUCAUUAAUAAUCUAUUGAUAAACAAGAGUUGCAAGAAUUUAAAUAGCAUAUGAAAUUUUUAACCACAGACUGAGACUGAAUUAUCUAAUUUCCAAUGUCAAAGGUUUGUGGAAACAGACUAAUUACAGGUACAGUCUUUUCUAUGCGAUGUAAGUAAACAAUAUCAAAAUGUUUUGUAGAUGGCCAGAAGUGGAUGUUUGUGAAAACAUGUGGGCUGCUAUCUCUAUCAGAACAAUUCCACUACUUCUAAAAGGCACUAACUGGAUGUAAUUGGCUGUCUUCUACCCAUUGGUACAAGAGAGCUGGAAGGAGUCAGAGCUGCUAUUAAUUUUUAAGUCCAAGACAGCACGUAGACUUAAGCCUCAUUCCUGCCUCUUGCCUGGAUCUAGAAGCUCCUUAUGCUGCUUUGCAGCUUGCUUGGUGUAGUGCAACUUCUACCUGAACGUGUUUGCUUGCUGCAUGCAUCUGGUCUAGCAGCAGAAUAGAUGGAGGUGAGAGAGAGAGAGACGGAGACAGAGAGAGACAGAAGAAAAAAAUGAAGCUAGAAUGUUCUUCUCCAGUCUUAAAGGCUGAGCAACAUAGGGAGGAAGUCAGAGGACUUUUCCCAGGGCCAUAAAUACAAUGUAUGGUAAAAACAGGAGGUUUAUGUCUACUAUGGUAAACCAGCAGCUCAGUACCCCAAGUGCAGGGGGAGAUGCUAUUUUUUCUAAUAUUUUAUGAGAAAUUAGCCAAGAGAUUGAAGCUAUCCAUACAGCAGACUAAAAGCUGUUAGUCACGUUACUGCAGCAGAUUACAUUUUUCUUCUGCUUCAGUAACCAGGAACAGGAUGGAAAGAUUUCAAGAGGAAGAGGAGGAACAGGAGAAAUCCAGUGAGCAAACUGCAUUUCCUGAUGCAGUCUUAUUCAAAAUAGAAAGACUGCUCUAUGCAGUGUAUAUACCAUACAAUUAAACUUCAGUAAGGAAAGGAAUAUUCGUAAUUUUCCCUGGAGGAAUAUUAGUAACUUAUUUAUACAAUGCCCACAGUAUUCUAGACCACUUGCUUUUAGAUAGAACAGCAUGGCAACAAGGGAAAGCAGAUGUGUUUCCACAACUGCAUGUUGUUACGUACAUAUUAAAGUUCACUAAUACUGACAUAACUAGUCAUGACAAACUUAAAGUACCUUCAUCCUAUUAGAAAAGCAUAUUUUGACAUUCUAUCCACUUCUAUUUUUUUUAAGCUAGAAGGGAGUUAAUUAUAGCACUGAUCUGUUUCUAAAGGAGUAGAGCAGAAGGUAAGUUUUGACUUCAUACUUUGAAGUUGCUAUGAAUAAGUUGAUUAAACAGUGUUCCAUGGAAACAGCCUGAUGUCCUUAUUUUCUUUGUGCUGAUUUCUCUGUUCUUAGAAAAGCACAAGCUUGUGUAAGCGUAAUCAAUACAAAGUUACUCAGGGUCCUGUGUCAGCUCAGCAGUGGACACUAACUACAUCUUAAGUCAACAGGCACAUAUAAAUCAAGCUUAAUUAAGAGGAACAGAACAUCUUGGCAGGUCUUGGAUUACUACUGGCACUGUUACAAUUUAAUGAUCUAUGCACACAGAAAUAUGUGUAUUUCUGCACUCCUAAUAUAUCUUGUAGUUCUGUAAAUGCAUCCCGUAAACUAACAAAGCAAAAUGAAGUCAGUGCAGGAGAGAGUCUUGUUCAUUCAUUAUUCCCACCAAGAACUGUUUAUAAGCAGAAGAAAAGUAAUACUGCUCAAAGAAUCACAGUGGGCUGAAGAACAGUAUUCAGAGCAGUACAGCUUCUGAAAAUUUAGUGAUGAUAUGAAUUUGGUUAUGAAACUCCUAAUUUGCUGGACUGAUUUUUUUUUUCCUGUUUUCUUCCAACUAAUAUCAUUGCUUCUCUGCUCAAAGUUACAGGAUAAAGACUAGUGUACUUUUCUAAUAACAGCUAUUGCAUAGAAAUAAACAUAAACUGGAAGAAAAUGAAGGCUGUGCUGCAGACAGCAUAUUCAACUAUACAGAGCCAUUCUCUGGGCAAUGCUGCACAAUUUAGACAGGGGUAAAUAGGCCUUCAGGGGCAACACGACACAGAACAGAUGUUUAAAAAAUAAAAAAGCCUUGAAGCUUUGUCCAGUUAUACAUUUACUUCUCACUAAAAGAGGGGCAGAUAUGUUCUUACACACUUGAGUUAUAGAUCAGAGACCACAAAGGCUCUUAAAGGACAAAUGUUUUAAUGCUAGUGUCCUUUUGGACAGAAAAGAGAGGAAGUUGACUCUGUCUUCCAGUUCCAAAAUGCAGUGUCAUAUUUGUGAUCCUAAGCCUAAAUCAAUAUUUAUUGAUCAAACUAACUAAGCUUUUUAGGUCAACAAGCUCUCUACGAAGCAAUUCUGUUCUCCUCUCAAGCCUUUGCAGAGGCCAACAACUGGUGCUUAACUACUACUACUGCUGCAGAAUGUCACCUGUCCUCCAGCUGUCCCAGAACCAUUCUGGGGCAUUUGCACUCCAAAAGAGAGCAACACUGUUGGGGGUUGGGGGGUGGGGGGAGUGCACGGGACUGUCAAAAAGCACUGAAAUAGUAUGACAGAGUAAGUCCCAUUGAGCUAUAUGCUUUUUAAAGUCUGGCUCAGUUCCUAGCAACAUAGUUGAGCAUGAAACCUGUAUUUGCCAAACAUAUCUGCCCUUUGAUGAAAAGAUCUAUGGAAAGGAACAGCACAACUGAAAAGUCUAAGGAAAAGCUGGUGUUUGGAGAGUCCAACUCAUCAUUUACAAGCUUAUUUUUUCAAAUGAGUAAGCUUACACCCACCAACAAUCUCCAUCUAAUCAUCAAUUCAAAAAAAAAUUGGUGCAAGUUUGGGCUAAAAUGUCCCUGUCCAAACUACCACCACCAAUCCAUCUGAAGGAUUUUUUAACAAAGACUCACCAGGAAGCAGAGCCUUGCUAAGUUUGCAUGCUGGAAGGCAGACCACAAAUCUGGCAAUACAGUAUAGUGUUACUUUUCUGAUGACAAUACCUUCCACAAAAAGGAAAAGGAGUAGGCAGUGCUUUGGGGCAGUGUUUCAUGCUCAGCAAGUUUGUAGAGGGGAAGGAAUACAAUUCUGUAAAUCAACUGUACUGUAUUUCUGUUUCUAGACUUGAAUGAACUUCACUUUUCUUUUGUGGGUCAGUAUAGUAAGCAUUAAAGAAAAAAAAAAAUCUAUUUUUCUAAAUCUCUUUCACCACUGGAGAGGUCUGACCUGUAGCCAACAAAUGAGUUUAUUUAGCCACAGAGGAGAGAGUGUUUAUUUUUACACUAAGAUUGGAUAUGGCAUUGAAUAAAAGUAUGACCUUUGAACUAUUUAAACCUUAAAAUGCUAUCAACAACUUUCAGAAUGAGUAAUAUGGUGGACAAUUCCAUCUUUCUUCCCAGUAAGUUGCUCUCUCAAAAGAAGUUACCCAGAAAUAAACCUCUGAAUGAAGUAGAAAAGAUCCUUGUGGCCUAAGUACAGAAUACUUUCAAAACAUUUAAGAUUUCUCCCAGUUUGUAGCGCAUAGAGAACACUGAUGUUUAAACUUUUCCUAACUGUACUGUAAAUAACGUAACUUCGAAUAAAGCAAUUUGGCAAUAACCUUAGUUAGCUGUAUCAUAAAAAAGUAUAAUCUGAAUACUCACUGUGUCUUAUUUUGGUAUCAGUUGAGUGGGAAGAAAAAUAACUGCACACUGAAUUUUAAAGAAGUGGGCUGUAUCUACUCACUAGCCAAAAAAAAGCCUGCAAACGUCAAGUAAAUGGAAUGCUCUUUGUACAUUAAGCUGCUUCCUCAUGCGAUGCUGUACCUUGUAUACUUGGCUUCAUUUGACUUCUGUGUUGUGGUCUGUAUGCCAGCCACUGUUAUUAAAUGUACACAACACUGAUAUCUGCACUGUAAUCCUGGUUCAUUUGCCACUGAUUGUAACCUAAUGCUACGGACUUCUCUGUAAAUAAGACCCUAACCAUGUUCCACUUGCUUCCAACAGAAUACAAUAAAGGCUUAUCUCUGUAAACAGGCA